AUGGAUAACGUUUUCAAAGUGGAAAAUGUUAUUUUAAAUAGACGAGGAUAUCAUAUUCCAGGAACACUUAUCUUGUCUUCUUUCCAUUUGGUGUUUAGUUUCACAUCCAAUACAUCGACAUCCACCAAUCCAAAAGAAAUAUGGAUAUGUUAUCCCAUGAUAGAGAAAAUGUCAAAGGCUAGAGGUUCCUCAUGGAUUAAUCACAAUAACGGGAAUAGUUCUAAGACUAGGAACACGGGGUCGCAGGUGGAUAAUACUCCGAAAAUAGUGAUGAAAGGAUUUGAUCAUUAUAGUGCGUCGCAUAUUCGGUUGCAAUGCAAGGAUUUCACAUAUUACUCAUUUGAUUUCAUGAAUGAUUUAAUUUGUAGCGAAGUGUUUACAAAGUUGAGCUCACUUAUUACAAUUUCCAAGACUGAGAAUGAUAUUAAACAACUAUACGCAUAUUCUUACAAACCAAAUAUGCUUGAACAGAAUUUGGAUGUCAAAGGUUGGCAAUUGUACAACCCCAUUGAGGAGUAUCAAAGAUUAGAACUAGUACAAGAAAACAGCCAGUAUUGGAGAGUCACCAAUCUUAAUACAGAGUACAAGUUUUCGCCAAGUUAUCCCAAGGUAUUAAUAGUACCCAGCACCAUAUCCGAUAAUGUAUUAAAACAUGCCGGUAAGUUUAGAUCGAAACAGAGAAUACCAGCAAUCGUUUACAAGCAUAAAUCAGGCAUUAAUGGGAACGUUAUAGCCAGGUGCGCUCAACCUCUAGUUGGUCUUAACAUACAGAAUAGAUCAAUACAGGAUGAGAAGUUGAUUGGAGAAAUAUUUCUUUGCCAAGAGAGGGAAAGGAAGGAUAAAAUUGAUAAUUCUUGUGGAAAGAGCAAUAACGUUGAUGAUGAGUUCCAGCGUGAACAACCACAACGCAACUUGUUGGUAGAUCUAAGACCAGUAACGAAUGCUAUGGCGCAACAUGCUUUGGGUGCAGGUACAGAAAAUGUUGAUUACUAUCGUGGGAAACAGAAUCUUAAUUCCAAGGAGAGCAGUAAAGAUAAGGGUGAUAGUGAAAGCACCUCUUCGCAACGUAUAAGGCAUAUUGACAAGAUAUUUUGCAACAUUGAUAAUAUUCAUGUCAUGAGAGACGCAGUUAAUAAAUUGUCUUCCAUAUUGAACGAUUUAGAUAGAUACCCUGCUACUUAUGAUAAACUGUCAGCAUCUGCUGCUUUAUUACAACAAGCAUUGACAAAGACACAAUGGCUAAACAGAUUAUCUAUAAUCUUACAAUCAGUUGAUCGUAUAACCAAGUCAAUACAUUUGAAUAAUACAAAUGUAAUUAUUCAUUGUUCAGAUGGUUGGGAUCGGACUUCUCAAGUAUCAGCGUUAUCUCAACUUUGUCUUGACCCUUAUUAUAGAACUUUGAAAGGAUUUAUGAUACUUGUUGAAAAAGAAUGGACUAGUUUUGGAUUCAAGUUUGCUACAAGAGCCGAUCACGGUGGGUGUAUUGGAGCGAUUAUGAAGAAGGAAAUUAAAAGUGCUCUGGUUCAAGAUGAGAAUAAUCAAAAUGAACUGAAUUCUGGACAGUCUUUGGAAAGUUCGAUGUAUGGUGAAUCCCCGCAAAAUGAUAAUUCACAAAGUGUAACAAGUAUCGGCAGUGGAGCAGCAGCAAGUGUAUCUUCUUUUUUCCAGAGAGCUGCAAGAGCUGCCAGAGAAAUCAAAAAUACAGCCCAGAAUGGGCUUUCAUCAUCACCAAGUCCUGAGGAUGGUGCUGAUGGUAGUGGUUACACAUCGUCAUCUUCCAUCUACAGUGGCAGCAGUGAGAAGUCACCUAUAUUUCACCAAUUUCUCGAUUGUGUUUACCAGAUAUAUCGACAAAAUCCAACACAAUUCGAAUUCAAUAGUCGAUUUCUCAAAAGACUAUUUUAUCAUUAUUACUCGUGUCAGUACGGUUCAUUUUUGUGUGAUUCGGAAAAGGAGUUAUAUGAAGUAUAUAAAGUUCAAGAUAGCACAGUGUCAGUGUGGGACUAUUUUAAUUCUCGGCCUGCAGAGUUUUUGAAUAAACUGUAUACAAAUGAUACAAUUGAAGAUAAUGAUGGUGUUAUAUUUUUCAAUUUUGCUGAUCUUAAAUGGUGGUUUGAACUAUACGGAAGAAGUGACGAAGAAAUGAAUGGGUUAUCCAAUUCUCUUGAUCGAAAAUUUGCACAAAUGGGAUUAAAUAGGAAAGAAUAG